UUUGAAUGGAAAGUGGAUGAUUGUGGGAAAAUAAAUCCUUGCUGCGGAAAAUCGUCUCGUUUGGUGGUGAUUUUUUAAAGCAAGAACCCAGAAGAUCAAGUUUUCACCAAGAGUGAGUGAGUUGGAAGAAAAACCGGAACAGUGCAUUCGUCGAAAUUGCGCACAACGAUGAAGAUGGCAACAAUAGCAGUGGCGUAAAAUGUAUCGCAAUUACCAAUAGGACAGUGUAAUACGCAACUCGUGUAGAAAAAAGGGCCAACGGAAAGUGCCACAGUGAGAGAUUGAUGUGUAGGACUGCGUUAUUUACGUGUCUGGUUCCGUUAUUAUACUGCCAUCGUGAAAAUUAGGUGGGGAAGGUACCUGUGUUGGGUAGUACACGGCCGGGGAAGGUUUGGAUCCAAGAGAGCAGGUUGCGACUUCUUUGUUGUCUGUAUUAUGUGUAUUGCAAUAAGGUAACGAAACGUUGAGAAGAAAGCAUAAAUAACACAUCGAUGAGUGAACGAGCGGCUGGCGAAAGCACUGGUGCAAGUGUGUAUUGUUUUGCUGCUGUUGCUUGAAAAAGAAGCAUUGGUUUCACCAACGCUUUAACCACCGAAUAUUGCUGUAGUGUCCCGCACACGAGCUGACGGGAAAAACGGACCCAUUUCCAGUGGGAAACGAAAAGCUUAAAAUCCCCACAUACAGCUGAGCGCUAUCGAGUAGCAUCACACCAACACACACAAAGCAAAGAUCAAGUUUGGGUCCGGGAAUCAGCCUGCCGAAAGAUGGAAUCCUGUGCCGCCGUCGAGAAGGAGGUGGAGAAAGUGAUUAACAAAUUUUCCGCUAUUAAUGACCACUCGCAGCGCAUCAUCGGCGAUGUGAUUUCACUCAUCGAGAAGCUUCGGUCAUCAAUCGCAGAAGGUAAAAAGCGGUCUGUUUUUUCGCCCAGCAACCCGGACAAUAAGGUCACGGCCGGGCAGGUCGAUGUGCUGAAUGAGGCACUCACGAAGACAAAGGACAAACUGCACCGUCUCACGACGGAGCAUCGCGAUCUGCACGGCACCGUCAGCAAGGUGGGCAAAGCGAUCGAUCGUAACUUUGUGGCCGACUUUACGGCCACCUCGCGUACCGACGUGUUCCAGACGGAACGAAAUGUGAUGCUGUUGAACAAAAUUAUGGCCCAACACUUCUACCGCCAGGGCAUGGAUGAUGUGGCGGACGCGCUGAUUAAGGAAUCGGGUCUGCCGGCGGAAGACAUCGUGCCGGAACCGUACGCCGAGCUGCACCGUAUCUGGGAAGCGAUUCAUACGGGCAAUCUAGCACCGGCGCUCGAUUGGGCUGGUCGCUAUUCCGCGGAACUAGAUGCGCGCAAUAGCACGCUCGAGUUUAAGCUGCACCGUUUGGCGUUUAUGCAAAUUUUAAACGGUGGCGUACAGGCCCAAACAGAAGCGAUUGCGUACGCCCGUACGAACUUUGCCAAGUUUGUGCGACGCUUCGAAAAGGACAUCCAAAUCCUGAUGGGUACGCUCAUCUAUCUGCAGAUUGGAAUACACAACUCACCCUAUAAGUACCUCACUGCGCCCGAGAUGUGGAUCGAGACGGCGGACGUGUUUCUGAAGGAUGCCUGCCAACUGUUGGGCAUCAACAAGGAUUCACCACUGUCCGUGAUCGUUAAUGCGGGCUGUACCGCACUGCCCGCCUUGCUUAAUCUCAAACAGGUGAUGAUGUCCCGCCAGGUGACUGGCAUAUGGAACGGUCGUGAUGAGCUGCCUAUCGAAAUUGACUUAGAGCCAGAGAACCGGUUUCACUCUAUCUUUGCGUGUCCGAUUCUGCGCCAGCAGAGUUCGGAAGACAACCCGCCAAUGAAGCUGCUAUGUGGACACGUGAUAUCUCGCGAUGCCCUCAACAAACUUAGCAAUGGACCGAUAUUAAAGUGUCCCUACUGCCCCAUGGAGCAGUGUCCUUCGGAUGCCAAGCUGAUAUACUUCUGAGCACGCUUUGCACGGUGCGUGCGUGUGUUAUCUUCUCACCCGCCAGAGAGCGUCAAAUCCGAUGACCUGCAAAGCACGAUUGUGUAGUGUGCGGUAGUAAUUCGGGCAGAGCAGCGUUGUUCGGUGUUAAUUUACAUCGCAAGGUGUCGUUGCGUCCACCGAAGGGGGUACUAAACGUAUAUCUAGUUAAGCCCAAUAUUGUAAUGUGCGCAGGUCAAAGUGACAUCUUUACAUCUUCUAACAAAAAGAGAACGAGAUCGUAGCGUAAAAUGUAGCGACGUUUGUCACUCCAGUGAGCUUGAUGAUGGAUCAACACACUCUGCGCCACACACUUCGCGUCCGGGCAUUCGGAGGAUCCGUUGGAUGUGUGUUAAGAUGCAAUGAUAAGCACACGUCGUAUAUACGCCGAAUAGGUUUUAUUUCAAUUGGGAAACAUAGAGAAACGGAAGGCAAACAAGUUGCCAAUUGGGAAAUAGAAAUAGCAAAAAACAGAAAAGGGUGAAACUCCUUAAAAGCAUUAAUUGGCAAGAAGGUACUCUUCCAAAACUAUAUGUAAAGUCUAUCGUUUCUUAUUUGGUGGUGUGUUUAAUAAUUGUCAUCGUGUUUCUGUUUGUGUUAAUUCAAAUGCGCUAAUUAUACCACCAAGGGGAAUUUGAUUGAUGAUUUGUCAAGUGUGUAAAAUGUGUUUUAUUGUUUUUUUUUUUUCGUUCGAAUUAUGCUAACUUUCUCUACAAGAGAAACACCUGCGUGAAUGUGAAUCCUUUUUUUCGAAAUUUAUACCUACAAAAAAGGGAAGAAUGGUUCAGAGAAAUAGGAUCGAAGGUUGAAUUGAUUAUGAUUGUUUAAAAGUGAAGAAAAAUAACAAAAAAAUAUAUAAAAAAGGGUAGAUAAUGAAAUAGGGCUAACGGUAAUAGGGAACGAAAAACAACACACACACAACCCGCGAAACGCUAAAGCUUUUGAAUGCUUCUCAAUGUACACAGCGGAAGAACGGAACAAGGAGACACGAUCCUCAAACGUAACACAAAACGAUUGCUGCUACUUCAUCCAAUUGUGGUGCUCGCGUGGGUGAGAAGAAGCAACCAAGGCUGUAAAUAUAUGUAUAAACAAAAUAUAUUUUUACUGACGACAAAUAAAGAAAAACACACGAAUAUAGGAAAAAAAAGUACAC